AUGAGCACGUAUACAAAGUUUGUAUCAGAUUACUGCAAAGCAUGGGAAAAAUCAGGAAAGGAACAAUUUAUAAAAACAGUGACACAGUUUAUUAAAGAUGAAGGAAAAAGUCCCUUGUUUAGUAAAUCAGGAAAAUUGUCAGGAUUGUCUCAAAAUAUAUAUGACUUGUUGCUUUGUGGGCUUCAUGGUAACUUGAAAAAAGAUGCAGUCAUUUCUGUACUUCAUGAUAUAUCUGCAUUACAUGCUGAUAUACCAUCAAUUAUUUUAGAUGUUACUAGCAUACUUGAUGCAGAAACAUGUGUGGAAGUGCAGAGUGAGGAAAGAACAAAUUUUUGCUACAUAGUUAGGGAAUUGGAAUCCUUUAUAUCUGACAAACUUCUUAAGGAGCGUUUAGAAAUUGAUACAUUACAAGAUGUUGGCACAUUAAAAAACAAAAAUUUUUAUACAAAGUUUAUAAAAAUCAAGACGAAACUUUAUUACAAACAGCGUAAAUUCAAUUUAUUUAGAGAAGAAAGUGAAGGAUAUGCUAAAUUAAUUGUUGAAUUAAAUCAAGAAAUAUCAGAAGAUACUGAAUGGAAAAUACUGUUAGAAAUUAUUCAGUCUCUUAUAGGAUGUUUUAACUUGGAUCCAAAUAGGGUUUUAGACAUAAUACUGGAAUCAUUUGAGGCUCGACCACACCUAGAUCAAUUAUUCAUAUCCCUUAUAAAAAAUUAUAUGGGGGAUCCUCAAGUUAUAUCAGAAGUUUUAGGUUUCAAACUGGGAAAUAUGGAAGUGUUAGAAAGUUAUAAAGAUCCACCACCUUUGAUGACUGUUAUAGCUUUACUAUUGCAACACCAAGUAAUUUCAUUAGAUGACAUCUAUCCCUGGCUACGUCCAGAUGAUACCAUAAUGGCCAAGGAAGCUGAAAAAGAAGUGAAGUCAGUACAAGACUAUAUUCGUAAGCUCAACAUUGUAUCAACCAAGGGUCCACAAGCCAAUGGGUCUACGGAGUUUCUUGAAGAGAAAACUGAUCCCCAAGAAUACUGGAGUAAUCAAAAGUUAGUUUUGUGUGAGGCAUUGUUAAAAGUGACUGCAUGGCGUGAGUUCGCGGCGUUGACUGCGCGAUUGCCGACCACGUGCCUGGCUGCACGACCAGCUACAGCCUUGUGCACCAUGUUGCACGCUCUCGUCGAGCCGCUUUAUAGGACGCAUUGCCGCGUUGCCCCAAAAAUCAUUGGUAAGCCAGUACCACCUUUAAAAUCACACUUGGCACCCCCUGCUUGUAAAACAUUUGAAGAUAUGAAAGAGACUGUCAUUCCAGCUCUAAUUAUAUUAGGGCCUUCUUUACAUUAUGACCCUAUUUUAAUGUACAAAAUAAUUCGUAUAUUAAGGACGGCGCGAUCAUUGCAAGAAGAUCCUUUACAUCAUGAAGCUCUUACAGUGCUUGAUGCAGCAAUAUUGCCAGCACUUACUCUUAUGGAAGGAAAUUGUUGUAUGGCCGAAGAAGUGUACACAUUGCUGAAGUUAUACCCUUAUCAGUGCAGAUACUGCUUAUAUUCGCGCUGGAAAAAUGAGUCUGGUGAAAGGAUACCAGCGCUAAUGCGGGUACGCGGCAAUUCCCUACAAAGGAUUAAACAUAUUAUGAAGCGUGUUUCAAAAGAAAAUAUAAAACCGCAAGGACGCUUAAUUGGGAAACUGUCUCAUGCUGCACCUGCCUUCUUAUUUGAUUAUAUGCUAUUACAGAUUCAGACUUACGAUAAUCUGAUUGGACCAGUUGUGGAGUCACUGAAGUAUCUGACAUCGUUAUCUCUAGAUGUCUUGGGUUAUUGUUUGCUAGAGGCAUUAUGUGCCGGAAAGGCGAACAGUGGGGGAGCAGCUCAUCCUCCAUGGCUGCAGGCGUUAGCUGCUUUCGCCGGAGCAGCAUUUAAGAAACAUAAUAUAGAACUUACUGCACUUUUGCAAUUUGUUGCGAACAGGCUAAAGGCUCAACAGAGCCAAGAUUUGUUGAUAUUAAAAGAAAUAGUACAAAAAAUGGCUGGCAUUGAAGCAGCAGAAGAAAUGACACCUGAACAACUUGAUGCCAUGGCUGGAGGUGAACUUCUUAAAGGCGAGGCUGGAUACUUCUCACAAGUACGAAAUACAAGGAGAUCAUCAGCUAGAUUGAAAGAGGCUGUUGUUGGAAACAACUUAGAUAUAGCUUUAUGUAUAUUAUCUGCUCAACAACGUCAUUGUUGCGUAUGGAAAGAAUGUGAAGAUGAGGUAUCCACACCUGGUGAACCACCUGGGUCUCAGUUGAAAGUAGUGGGCCGAUUAGCUGAUCAAUGCCAGGAUGCUUUGGUGCAGUUGGGAACCUUUCUUGCAUCUUCUCACGCUCCUGAUGAGUAUGCUGCAAGAUUGCCACCAUUACAAGAACUACUUCGAGACUAUCAUGUGGAUGCCGAUGUGGCGUUUUUCCUUCACCGUCCAGUACUAGCACAAAAAAUAGCUGCAAAAGUAGAGUUAUUGCGUAAAAGCUCCGAUAGUAAAACAGAUUCACAAGAAAAGAGUAUCGAAAGGUAUUGUACAGCAGCGAAGGAAAUUUUAGAGCCAGUAAUAAUAUCUAUAACGCCUCUGCUGCCUUCUAGAGUUUGGGAGGAUAUAUCGCCAGAGUUCUACGUAUCCUUUUGGUCGUUGUCAAUGUAUGACCUGAAAGUCCCAGAAGAAAGCUACGACCGCGAAAUUGAGCGUUUGAAAAAUGCUGCUUCGAAUGCCACAAAAGAUUCAUCGCAAGGUACAAAAGGCAAAAAAGAACAAGAGCGCUAUAACACACUUAUAGAUAAACUACAGGAGGAGCGGCGGCGGCAGCGCGAGCACGCGGCGCGCGUGGUGGCGCGGCUGCAGCGCGAGUGCGGCGGCUGGUUCCCCGCACGCGCCGCCAAGUCCGCCAAGAACGAGACCGUCACGCGCCUCAUGCAGCUGUGCCUGUUCCCGCGCUGCGUGUUCACCGCCGCCGACGCGCUCUACUGCGCCGAGUUCGUGCACACCGUGCACGCGCUCAAGACGCCCAACUUCUCCACGCUGCUCUGCUACGACAGGCUGUUCUGCGACAUCACGUACUCGGUGAUGUCGUGCACGGAGGCGGAGGCGGCGCGCUACGGCACGUUCCUGCGCGCGGUGCUGCGCACGGCCAUGCGCUGGCACGCCGACCGCGCCGCCUUCCAGCAGGAGUGCGCGCACUACCCCGGCUUCGUCACCAAGUACCGCGUCUCCAACCAGUUCUCCGAGGCCAACGACCACGUCGGCUACGAGAACUACAGGCAUGUAUGUCACAAAUGGCACUACAAAAUCACCAAAGCCAUGGUAGUGUGUUUGGAUUCCGGCGACUAUGUCCAGAUACGUAAUGCAUUGAUAGUGCUCAUACGAGUCUUGCCCCACUUCCCUGUAUUAGCAAAGUUGGCCCAGAUCAUUGAAAGAAAAGUUGAAAAGGUUAAAGAAGAAGAAAAGAUGCAACGUCAAGAUUUGUAUGUGCUUGCUACAGGAUACAGUGGACAAUUGCGGAAUAAAGUACCAACUAUGAUGAGAGAAUGUGACUUCCAUCAGAUGGGCGAUCAGCAUAAGGCGGUAGCUGCGGCGACGGCACCUUCAGCCUCAGUUAAGGAAGAAAGUACUGCUGCCAAGCAGGAAACUGAAGCCAGUACUUCACCACAACCAAUUGAUACAGAAAAAAGAGAAUCAAGAAAUAGUGACAGACGUCGUGAGGAGUCCGACCGCGAUAAAGAAUCUAAGCGUGAAUCAAGAUCGUCUCUGAAGGAGAGAAGUAAAGAAGAAAUAAGAAAUAAAGAUAGGUCACCAAGAGAUCGAUCGCACAGGGAGGAACGUUAUUUAGAAACAGUAUCCCCGCCACUUGACCACCGUCAUCUACCUGAUGAUAUUGACCGCGAUGUGAAGCGUCGUAAAGUAGAAAGCAGCAGUAAUGGCAAGGGUAGCAAAGAUAUAGAAGAACGCUCUCCAGAAAAGGAAAAACGAAAGUCUAAAGUAAGAGGCGAUGAACGUAAAGAGCGUAAGAUGAGUCGCAAGAGGGAUAGAGCUGAAGAGUCGGUGCUGUUGGAACAAAAACGGCGCCGCGAAGAACAAAAAGCUGUCGUGAAAUUGGGAAGUCAUCAGAAUGGCUCACAAGAGGAUCAUCACUAUGACAAGUACCAUAAAAGGGAGAAAUCGCCUUUUCGCGACCGCUCGCAUGAAGAACCAAGAGACAAACAAUAUCCUUUUUAA